AUGGACAGUUUUGUCUCUGUGAACUACUGGCUGGGACUGCUAGCUUUUCUGCUUCUACAAGGGGUAGUCAGUGUGGAGGGAAGAAGUAUCUUCAACCCUGGAAACCAUGUAUAUCCCCAAAGAGGAGACACAGACGCUCAGAACAAGAUUCUAGCGUCGUUGCUACAUAGAAGCUUAGAACCUAUUGAAAGAAAUGACGCUUUAGGUUUAGAGUUUGCCAACAAGCUAGCGGAGCUGAAGGAGAUAGAGGCUUUGAAGGAGGACUUGGAGCUGGAAAGGGAGCUCUCCUCAAACACACUAGCGGAGGACAAGUCCAUACUGCGGAAAAGGGUUGAGCCCUGUUUCUGGAAGUACUGUGUAUGA